UGUAGGUUUGGAGGCGCUUUACGAAUAUUUAGGGCUGCCGAGGCCCCGGCAUUUCCUCUCAGCUGGUUUCGCUCGAUCGAUCGAUCGCAUCGGGCGCUCUCUCCCACCUCGCAGCUCAGUUCUCGAUCGGCUCCUCUAGAUUAGCUCCUUCUAUUCCUUUGAUUGCUCGCGUCUUGCUUGCUCGAAUAUGUUUAUCGAGAGCUUCCGUGUGGAGAGCCCCAAUGUCAAGUACUCGGAGGAGCACAUCAGCUCUGUGUAUGACUACAACACCACCGAUCUCGUCCACGAGAAGAAUCGCGAGGGGAAAUACGAGUGGGUCGUGAAGCCGAGCACUGUUACAUAUGAAAUCCAGACUCAAAGGAAGGUCCCCAAGCUCGGUAUCAUGCUUGUUGGCUGGGGGGGAAACAAUGGAUCCACGUUAACUGCUGGAAUCAUCGCCAAUAGAGAAGGCAUCUCUUGGGUCACCAAGGAUGGUGUCCAGCGACCAAAUUACUUUGGCUCAGUUACUCAAGCUUCUACGUGUCGAAUUGGCUCUUUCAGAGGAGAAGAGAUCUAUGCUCCUUUCAAGAGCUUGCUUCCCAUGGUGAAUCCUGACGAUGUUGUUCUUGGGGGAUGGGAUAUCAACAACAUGAACCUCGCAGAUGCCAUGGAGCGAGCGAAAGUUUUGGACAUGGACCUCCAGAAGCAGCUGAGACCUUACAUGGACAAGAUGGUGCCACUCCCGGGGGUUUACGACCCCGAUUUCAUUGCAGCCAACCAAGGUUCUCGCGCAAACAACAUCUUCAAAGGCUCCAAGAAAGAGAAGAUGGAUAAGAUCAUCGAGGACAUCAGACACUUCAAGUCACAAACCAAAGUGGACAAAGUCGUGGUUUUGUGGACUGCAAACACGGAACGCUACAGCGAUGUGAUUGUGGGCCUGAAUGACACGAAGGAGAACUUGUUCGCUUCACUCGAGAGAGACGAGCCCGAAAUCUCUCCCUCCACUAUUUACGCCUUGGCGUGUAUCCAAGAGGGUGUUCCUUUCAUCAACGGGAGCCCCCAGAACACUUUUGUCCCAGGUGUCAUUGACUUUGCUGUGGAGAAAGGAACUCUCAUCGGUGGCGAUGAUUUCAAGUCUGGACAAACAAAGAUGAAAUCCGUGCUCGUGGAUUUCCUGGUCGGUGCUGGCAUCAAGCCAACCUCCAUUGUCAGCUACAAUCAUCUUGGUAACAAUGAUGGAAUGAAUCUAUCUGCGCCUCAAACAUUCAGAUCCAAGGAAAUCUCCAAGAGCAAUGUGGUUGACGACAUGGUUUCUAGCAAUGCCAUCUUGUUCAAGCCCGGUGAACAUCCUGAUCAUGUGAUCGUCAUCAAGUAUGUUCCUUACGUCGGUGAUAGCAAGCGGGCCAUGGACGAAUACACGUCCGAGAUAUUCAUGGGAGGCAGGAGCACCAUCGCCAUGCACAACACUUGCGAGGAUUCGCUGCUUGCAGCCCCGUUGAUUCUCGACUUGGUCCUCCUCGCCGAGCUUUGCUCCCGGAUCCAGCUGAAAAGAGAAGGAGAGGAAAAGUUCCACUCUUUCCAUCCAGUUGCAGCCUUGCUGAGCUACAUGACAAAAGCUCCUCUGGUUCCCCCCGGUACUCCGGUCAUCAAUGCAUUGUCCAAGCAGCGAGCGUGCUUGGAGAACGUUUUGAGAGCCUGCAUUGGAUUGGCCCCCGAGAACAACAUGCUUCUCGAGUACAAGUGAGAGGAUGAAUGGUAGAUGGAAGGAAGCAAAGGAUGAUCCAAGCAAAGCAACCAAAGUUGUGUGAAGAAAAAAGAAAACAAUCCAGAAAACAAUCCAUUGUUGUUGGAGAUGGAGGGGAUCGGUAGUCUUCGUGAUGUUCUCGUCCAUCAUUGUAAUGCCGCUGUGGCCGCAGAUUUUUUCGAUCAAGCAAGAUCUUGUCUUUUAUCUUCUAA